AUGGCGACUCCAUUCACCUACCACGCCAAGGCGCAGUCCACCUUCAAGCCUCCGCUGAUUGCCAAUGAGAAUGCUUUCUUGGGCGAUGUUAUCUCCAGUGAAAAGGAUAACGCCGAGAAGCCCGUGUCUUGUGGAUUCUACCGCUUGGAGAAAGGCACUCCCCUCGUCUACACAUACACCUACGACGAAAUGAAGAUCAUCCUGGAGGGCCAGUUCGAGAUCUCAGACGAAACAGGCCAGAAGGUCACCGCCAGCCCCGGCGACGUGUUCUAUUUCCCCAAGGGCGCUAAGAUUACCUUUACAACCGAGGACUACGGUCUUGCAUUCUACACUGGCCAACGGGCCAAGGACGCCGCUUGA